AUGAACAAGCUGAUGCUUUGGGUCUCUGUCCUCGGCAUCCUCCCAGAAGCCUUUGCUCAGACAGACCUCAGAGGGAAGGUAUUUGUGUUCCCUAGAGAAUCUUCCAUUGACCAUGUGACCCUGAUCACAAAGCUGGAGAAACCUCUGAAGAACUUGACCUUGUGUCUCCGAGCCUAUAGUGACCUCUCCCGGGCCCACAGCCUCUUCUCCUAUAGCAUCUAUGGCAAGGAUAAUGAGCUACUGCUUUUUAAAAACAGGAUUGGAGAGUACAGUCUAUACAUUGGGAAAGCCAAAGUUACUGUCAGAGCUUCCGAGACGUUCCCCAGCCCAGUGCACAUCUGUACCAGCUGGGAGUCUUCCACAGGCAUCGCUGAAUUCUGGGUCAACGGGAAGCCACUGGUGAAAAGGGGCCUGAAGCAGGGCUAUUCUGUGGGAGCUUACCCCAAGAUUGUCCUGGGGCAAGAGCAGGACUCCUAUGGAAGAGGGUUUGAUAAGAGCCAGUCCUUUAUGGGAGAGAUUGGGGAUUUAUACAUGUGGGACUCCGUCCUGCCACCAGAAGAAAUCCUACUUGUGUACAAUGGUCACCCCUUCAUCAAUCCUACCAUCCUGAACUGGCAGGCUUUGAAAUAUGAAACCAAAGGCUAUGUUAUUGUCAAGCCCCUAGUGUGGGGCUGA